AUGGCAAAUAACAAAAUACAAUGUUUUAUAUGUAAUGAAGAAAAAAUAACAUACCCUUGUAAAGGAUGUGCAGAAGAAUUUUGUUUAAAGGAUUUAGCAAAACAUAAAGAAAUAUUAAAUGAAGAAUUAUAUCAUAUCACCAAUGAAUAUAAUGAAUUUAAACAAACAAUUAAUGAACAAAAACAAAAUCUACGAAUUCAUUCAUUAAUAAAACAAAUCGAUAAAUGGGAAAUAAAAUCAAUUGAAAAAAUUCAACAAAAAGCACAAGAGUACAGAGAAAUCCUUAUUAAAUCAUCACAAACAUGUAUUAAUGCUUUUGAAAUGAAAUUUAAAGACUUGAAUGAACAUAUAAAACAAUUUCAAAAACGAAAAUAA